UCCUGCACGGUGUUGGGCUGUAAGCACAACCUCCACCUGUGGACGUCGGGCCCUCAUACCACCCUCAUGGAGUCUGUUUCUGACCGUUUGAGCAGACACAUGCACAUUUGUGGCCUGCUGGAGGUCAUUUUGCAGGGCUCUGGCAGUGCUCCUCCUGUUCCUCCUUGCACAAAGGCGGAGGUAGCGGUCCUGCUGCUGGGUUGUUGCCCUCCUACGGCCUCCUCCACGUCUCCUGAUGUACUGGCCUGUCUCCUGGUAGCGCCUCCAUGCUCUGGACACUACGCUGACAGACACAGCAAACCUUCUUGCCACAGCUCGCAUUGAUGUGCCAUCCUGGAUGAGCUGCACUACCUGAGCCACUUGUGUGGGUUGUAGACUCCGUCUCAUGCUACCACUAGAGUGAAAGCACCGCCAGCAUUCAAAAGUGACCAAAACAUCAGCCAGAAAGCAUAGGAACUGAGAAGUGGUCUGUGGUCACCACCUGCAGAACCACUCCUUUAUUGGGGGUGUCUUGCUAAUUGCCUAUAAUUUCCACCUGUUGUCUAUUCCAUUUGCACAACAGCAUGUGAAAUUGAUUGUCAAUCAGUGUUGCUUCUUAAGUGGACAGUUUGAUUUCACAGAAGUGUGAUUGACUUGGAGUUACAUUGUGUUGUUUAAGUGUUCCCUUUAUUUUUUUGAGCAGUGUACUUAAUGUUACAGACAAAAAGACAUCCAAAACCUUGUCGUUAUCCUUAACAAGGAAGCUGGGCUGUGUCUGUGUUUGGUCUACUUUUCUCUUUGCUCCUACACAGUGGUGCCAUAGCAUCAUUAUCUCUAGACAGCUGUCUUUUUUCGCAGAGAAGUCAACCUUCAGAGAGGCCGACAGCUACUACGUGAAGGCAAAGUGUCCGAGGCCAGAGACUGUUUUUCUCGCUGUGUAAACAUCACCCCAACCAUGGCUCAUAAUCUUAUUAAGGCUGCACGAGCAAGAGGAGUGGACUGUGUUGUGGCCCCAUAUGAAGCUGAUGCUCAGUUAGCUUACCUCACUAAAUGUGGUUUGGCCCAGGCUGUCAUCACAGAAGACUCUGACCUGCUGGCAUUUGGCUGCAAAAAGGUCAUCCUUAAAAUGGACAAGCAGGGCAAUGGACUGGAGAUAGACCAAACUAACAUGGGCCGCUGUCGUGCUCUGGGCAACGUUUUUACAGAGGAGAAGUUUCGCUACAUGUGCAUCCUCUCUGGAUGUGACUAUCUGGCCUCCCUACAUGGCAUCGGCCUAGGCAAGGCAUGCAAACUGCUGCGAUUGGCCAAAGACCCUGAUAUCCUCAAGGUGAUCAGAAAGAUGGGCCAGUACCUGAAGAUGAAUCUAGUGGUCCCUGAACAGUACAUCGCGGGAUUCAUCAGAGCCAAUAACACCUUCCUCUACCAGCUGGUGUUUGACCCAGUCAGGAGGAAGGUUGUACCCCUCAACCCGUACCCAGAGCACAUAGACCCGGCCACCCUCAGCUACGCUGGACUCAAUCUAGGAGAUGAACAGGGCUUGCAGAUGGCCUUAGGAAACCUUGACAUCAACACCAUGGAGAAGAUAGACGUCUUCAACCCAGACAAACCCAUUCCACAGCUUUCUAAACCCAGUAGUCGCAGCUGGAAUGAUUCACCAGCCCCCACUGGGCACAGUAUCUGGAGUGGAGGCUUAAAGCCAGCACCUGCUGCCUCCCCAAACAGGCCUGCCUCUACCAGGGGGAAGGAGAGAAUCACCAGCCUGGAUGGUCUGAGGCUGUCCUGCAGAGAACUGCAGGUGAAAAGACUGCGAGAAGACUCCAAUGUAUCCGACGAGGAUGUGCUGCAGCAAUACUCGUCAUCCAGUCAGAAGCGAUCCAGGUCAGACCAGCAUCCAGACAAACCAACAUUAACCACUCCACCCCGACCACGCAACCGCUUUGCCACCCUGCUGCAGAGGAGGAACCAGGAAGCUGAGGAAGAUGGCCAAGCCACGUGCAGCAGAUUCUUCAGCAUUUCCAGUUCAGCAGCCAGUCUGAGCACUAAGGAGACUGCUCAAGAGGGUUUACCUCAGGGUGGGAGUCUCACCCAGGAAAAUACACUCAGCAUCCAGACCAAUGACAGCGAUGGUCCUGAUGUCCCAUCUAUGGAAACCCCCAGCCCACCUCCACCACCUAGCAUCACAUCUCUCAGUUCAGCCAGUCAGGGUCUCAGGCUGUUUCAAUGGUCAGGCAGCUCCUCUUCGACUGAACAAUCGAGAACGCCAAAGUCAACUUCAGGCCUAACCUCCCUGCAGCAGUUUCAGUAUAAGAGGGAGAGUUUUCCCCUAUUCACAAAGACCCACAGACCCCCUGGAGACAUGUCACCUCUACGUUACUCCUCCUCUGACGGAAACACAGAGGAAAAUAAUGACUUUCCAGGUUCCACCUGCUCCCAGGACAGUGCCUACUUUUCCCAGUCCCAGCCUUACCUCACUUCGUGCCACAAAGAGGAAGUCCUCACCCACAGCUUCCCCUCCUCGUACCAAGACGAUACUGCAACUGAAAUGAGAUCAAGCAAAGAUUCUGAGCCAGAGCAGAGUCCCACACACUCAAUAGAAGAAGAUAAGAAACUUAGCAUGCUCAGGUCAAAGGUUUCAGGUCUGUUGAAGCCACAGUCCAGCAAUCAGCGUCAAGCAUCAAAAGAGCGACUGUUUGGCCCGGCCAGGGCCAGUGGACUGAGGAAAAAGUCUUUGGGUUUUGGAAAGAAAACAGUUUCCUCCAAUAAUGAGAACAACCCUGGUGUCCAGGCCACCAUCAGCAGCCUCUGGAAGAACUUCAGCUUCAAAAAGGAUACCCAGAAGGUGAUUCCCUCUAAGAAAGGAGAGCCCAUGUCUCCUGUGAAAGACAACCUGCCGGCAAACUCACCUCAGACUGACAUUAAUUUAAUCAGCAGCUUCUGAAAGAUGCUUUAAAUGUUUCACACAGUGCUAAGUGCUGUGUGUGGGACUGAAGCUUUUAAACAUACCACUUAUGUUAAUGAUUUCUUGACAAGUUGUAUUUCUUAAUGUAUAGUUUUUAAUAAAGCAACUGGCCUGCAA